AUGCAGGUGGCAAUAAGCUAUGUUAUCGUACAACGAGCUGAUGGACUCUUCGCUCUCAACCAACAACCCGAGGCGACAGCUACGGACAAUACGCCAGAAGAUGAAACACAGUUAACCAGCGUAUACGAUAGGAAACUACUCGAGCUGUACUAUCUCGUGCAGAUUGUGCGUUCCUAUCGACGGCCCGCUUAUCAGGAGCCAACGGUGGUACUGUCUAAUCUCAUAGAUCGACUUACCAAGGAAGAAUUACGGGAACAGUUAGAGCGGAUGCUGGUGGGUGUGGAUGGAUUUGAGGAGAUUUUUAACAUUGGGCUACAUGAGCCAGAAUCAGAUGAGCGAGAUCCAGUGAAGGAGCAACUGGCGAACGAUUUUCGGCUCCUUUUCCCAAUCGUGGUAAGGACACUGACUGGAUUGCGUGACGCUGAUGACGGUGCAGGACUUGGAAAGCCUCUUACGGACAAUGCGGUUCACAGUAAGAUCCAAGAAGCGCUGAAUGAUUUCCGGAACUUGCUAAUGAGCGCCGACCAGUGGGAAGAUAGUGCAAGUGUUUUUGAAGAGCUUAAUUCCCAACAAAAGCUGACCUUGGAUAUCGUAGCACCCGGAGAGGUUAAUAAUGCAGAAGAGACAACAUCUGUUCUUGAGGAAAUUGUGUUCGUAACUGAAAUGCCCGUGGCGUCCAAUCAGCUCAUCGUGAAUGAUUAUGAUCUGGACGAUAACUAUCCUGCAGGCAGUUCGGCACAAAAGGAAUCAACCAAUGAACCGAUGGAAUUCUUUCCAGCCGGUAAUGAGUUAAGAUACUCAGUGGGGAACUCAAUCGAACAGCAAUCUCUAGAUGUGGACUCGGCUGAAAUCGAAGAGCCGCAAGAAGAAGCAGAACAGGACGUAAUCGUCUUGAGUCAACAUCUGAACACACCAAACGAGAAAGAUACAAACGAUCUAGUUCUACCGAUGGCUGUUUCUGUGAAGGACCCACAGAUCCUGGCCAUCAUUCCAGUGAUUGUCGAGCAGCUCCGCCAGGACAACGUUACAGCUGAGGAAAAGGAAACCCUGGCGGGCGUAUUUGGUGAGCUGUGGCCCCUAAUCAAGGCGGAAGCCUAUCGUUUACGACAUGCUGAGUAA